GGUUUCUGUUUCCUUCCAGUGGGGAACGAUUUGUGCACGGACCCGGCCGGUAGGCAGCACGCUGGUGAAUGUCACUUUGCCUGUCUGAGUUAAGAUGUGGCUGAGUCCGGUGAAAGCGGGGAGCUGUGUGCUGCGGGCGGUGCGGGGCAGGUUUUACUCAACAGUUCCAGCAACGCGACUCACAAAUGAAGAGAUCUCCCGGAUGCGCACAGAAUUGUUUAACAGAGAGAAAGAGAGGCAGUUAUCUCUGCAUCCCCGCAUUGAGAAAAUUGAGGUGAAGCAUGUUGGAAAAGGCAGCUCUGGGGCUGUGUUCGUAAUGAAUAAAGGAGUCUCUACACCAUAUAAUUGUGCCAUGCACCUCAGCGAGUGGUACUGCACGAGGUCCGUGCUGGCCCUGGUGGAUGGUAAAACCUGGGACAUGUACAAACCUUUACCCACAUCUUGUAAUAUCCAGUUUCUGACCUUUAAAGAUGAAGACCCAGAAGAAGUAAAUAAGGCCUAUUGGAGAUCCUGUGCAAUGAUUUUGGGCUGCGUGCUGGAACGUGCUUUCAAAGACGACUACAUGGUGAACCUUGUCCGAGCUCCAGAAAUACCAGUUAUCUCUGGAGCUUUCUGCUAUGACGUGGUCUUGGACAGCAGAUUGGACGACUGGAAACCAACAACAGAGAAUCUUCGUUCCUUCACCAGAGAUGCUCUCAGUCUUAUCCACAAGGAUCUGCCUUUUGAGGCUUUAGAAGUAGAAGAGAAGGUUGCCAGGGAGAUAUUUCAGCAUAAUGCGUAUAAGUUGAUUAUGGUGGAAGAAAAAGCUGCAAAUAACCAUGGGAUGGUGAUGCUUCACAAGUUUGGGGAUUUUGUGGAUGUCACUGAAGGACCUCACAUUCCUAAAACUGGCUUCUGUAUGCAAUACGAAGUGACUGCUGCUCACACACUCCCAGAGAUUCCAGCAGAACACGUGCGCAGGUUUCAAGGUCUUUCUCUACCGAGGCAUCUGGAGGCUUAUUACACUAUCUGGGAAAAGUUGCGAAGAAGAUCACAGAAGCUGGUCUCAGAGGAGCAGAAUAAAGAACUGGAGCCUGCUGUAUAAUUCAAAGAAGUCAUUUUUCAGCCUAUUUUGUAUUUGUCUUAAAAAAUAAUAAACUUUUUUUUUUUGUACAAAUGUAUAAAAUCUUAAGUACCUAAGAGGUUUGAAGUCUGUGCUAACAAGUUAAAUUAUUCUUUUACACAUAACCAACGACUUAUCCUUAUUAAAGUGGAAGCUAAAUGUAUAAGCAUGACAGAAAUUAGAGGUUUUGAUUAUGAUUUGUUCAUUCUAACUGAAUUGCUCUGUUAUUGCCGCCUCUUGUAUACAGCUCUCAUUCUUUUGAGCAUGUAAAACAUUGUAUAUUGUUGCUGAAAACCCUUUUAAAAGGGGGCUAUUUUAAAGGGGGUCUCUCCUUUCUCGGUCAAAGAAAGAGUCUUGGCUCUCAUACCUAGAAGGCAUGGAGGUGUCGCUUGAAAACACGCUUCAAAGUCCUCUAAUUACUGAAUAAAGGGUUUUGGGGAUAGGACAGGGAGGCCAGAACUGCAGACACUAUAACAACUUCGUUAAAAUGUAAGUGCUACUGGCUCAAAGUGGCUUAUUAAAGGACCACUAUUGGCACCCAGACCACUUCAGCUCAAUGAAGUGGUCUGGGUGCCAGACCCCCUAGUUAUAACCCUGCAGCUGAAAACAUUAAUCCAGCCUCUAGUGGAAGUCUCCCAGACAGCCACUAAAGGCCGCUUCCAUGAUUUACACUGAGUAAAACGCACUUAUUUGACGCUGGACCUCAGGGACCUCCAGCGUCAAAAAAGAUUCCCAUAGGAGAAAGCAUUAAGUAAUGCUUUCCUACGGGCGGGUUUGAAUGCGCGUGCCUUUGGCCGCGCACGCGCGUUCGAUUCCACUCGGGAGCUGACGUCGGCGGGUAGGAGAGGGAGCCCGGUGCUGGAUUAAGGUAAGUGUCUGAAGGGGUUUUAACCCCUUCAGGGCCGAGGGAGGGGGGCACUCCAAGAGCCGUUAGUGCCAGGAAAAUGGGUUUGUUUUUCUGGCGCUAUAGGAUCCCUUUUAAUUUUUGGUUUCUCUUUUCAUUAAGACUAUAUAGUGAAACAAUACAUAUAUCUAUAAUGCACACAUUACAGUGUGAUACAAGCAGGUACACCAACAUUUAUCCUUUAACAAACCGUACCUGAAUGGAUGCUCUAUGAAACCAGAUUGGAUAUUCUCAAAAGACAAAUGUGGUCAUUUCUGUCAAAUAAGCACUGCCAUCUAAUAAGGUUCCUUUGGCACAUCCCCCUAAACUCCUCAUGCAUGCUAAUGAUACCCCCAACCCUAAACCAACACUCCAUUCUACCAUCAUAGCUGCAUAAUUUAUUUAUGCAAGUAAUCCUGCUGCUGUUUAUCUGGAGGUAUUUUCAAUGGAAUCUUGCUGCAGCAAUAAAAUCAAUUUGAAAAUAGCAGGGACCUAUUCAAUUUAAUGCAUCUUCAAUGCAGUCAAUAAAGAAUACAUAGAUCCUCAAAGCAAUUUUAUUAACCGAGCUGAAGUGAACUGCACUCAAGUCUAAAAGUGCUACUUAUUGAAUAGAGACCCCAUUAUGUCUUAGAAUGAAUAUAACAACUGCAGUAAUUGCUCUGCUUUUUAAAUCCAUUCGAUAUCUAGCUUGUGUUUAUGCCAGUGACGGCAGCUGCCUUAAAUCAUUAUCAGAGGAUUUGCAUAAUUAUUCUUCCUCAUUUAGUUAUUUUUCUGGUUGGUGGAGUUCGAUUUCUAGAGGCACUUUUACUUUUUCUUACAUCUAGAAAAGUUUGGAAAAAGUCUAUAGAUGUGUUCAACCCAUAAUGUUGAAAGACAACUGCCAAUAGU